AUGGAUGGAUCACCGCCUAUUAAUUUCGUUCCACCUACAGAAUUGCCCUUAAAUAUAUCUCCAUUAGACAGCUCAAUACCUUCGCGUUUUUCAAAGAAUACUUCAAUCGGUACGCUCUUGGACGAAUCCUUCAUCGAAGAGUGGAUAACUAGAGUUUCAUACGAAGAUUAUUUUACAGCAUGUGUACCAAGUCAUUGUACUUUUGAAUAUGCUACACGCAAUAAUAUGUUGUACGUGGCUACAUCAAUACUUGGUCUCUAUGGUGGUCUUACGAUUGGCUUCCGAUUCAUUACCUGGAAUGUUAUAAGGCUUUACCGAUUGAUGAAAAAGCAUAUUCGUUCUCGUCGAGUUACUGCACAAUCGUGAUUUAAAAAAAACAGACAGAAUUACAUUUGAUCAAUCAAAUACUAUAUUGCGUAACUCUUUUUACUAUCAAACUUCAUAUAAUCAUUAACAUAAGCUUUCUCGCCU